AUGUUGCAAGUCAAGCGGACUCGUAGUAUCACAGCAGCGUCUUCAAAAGAGACAAUAUCAAAGAGACGUAAAACAAUCGAACGGGUCCAGCAAAAGGGCAAAGAAGAGACGCUUCCCAGGGUACAACCAGCAUUGAAACUCCAUGCGAUACGCCAACCAUACGAAGUCUCCGCCGAUCACCCUCUUCCCAGCAUCCAACACGACAGCGAACUCCUAGUAAAAGUGCAAGCUGUAGGCCUCAACCCAAUCGACUGGAAAGCACCCGACUACAACUUCGGCAUUCCAACCCUCCCCUACAUCUCCGGCCGAGAAUACAGCGGCACAGUUCUCCUCACCCCAACAACACCCUCGUCUCGCAUCAAAAAAGGCGACCGCGUCCUCGUCCCCUCAACCGACUACCGCGACCCACGCAAAGCCGCAUACCAACACUACAGCAUCGCAUCCACUUUCAACACCAUCCGCCUGCCUCCCAACCUCUCUCUGAACUCGGGCAGUAUCCUAGGCGUAGCUUUUGUCUCCGCCGCCCUCACACUAGGGAUAUGUCUCGGCCUCGAUUUCUCCGACAUUGAGGACGGGCCUGACAUUCUCGGUAUUGUACGGAGUCUGGAUCAGGAGGAUAUACCGGGUGAUAUACGACAAGAAUGUUUCCAUAGUAUCGGCGUCAAAGAACGUAUCAAGGCCGGAGACUACCUGGUUAUCUGGGGCGCGGGAUCGUGUGCCGAUUAA